GCCAGAAGGGGACCCCUGUAGAGCUGAUCAUACUCUUCCAGAUGACCUUGAAAUUAAAACCUCAAAACUGUUUUUAGCUGGUCUUGGGGUAUUUUCAAAAGUUGGACUGGAAUCCAGGAUCAUGUUUGGACCAUAUUGUGGUGAUACCAUCUCUUACAACCAUAAAUCAGGAUAUUGCUGGCAGAUUUAUAAGGAAGGCAAAGUGAGCCACUGUGUGGAUGCCCAAAACAAGGCAACCUCUAACUGGAUGAGAUAUGUGAACUGUGCUAUGACAGAGGCAGAUCAGAACCUUGUAGCAUUCCAGUACAAAGGAGGCAUCUAUUACUGCACAUUUAAGCCAGUUACACCAGGAGAAGAACUGCUUGUCUACUACGGAGAUGAAUACGCCAGAGAACUUGGCAUCUACAGAGACAAGAACUUUCUCUUCAGACCUAAAUAUUUCAAUGGAGAAGAAAGUGACAUUUUACAAACUGUCAUGACACAGCAAUUAGAAAAUGAAAUAUUACAGAAGAAGAAGAAUAUAGAAAAUACAGAUGAAAAGGAAUGCAAUGGUGAGGUGUGGAAUAAUACUAGUAAAAACAGUAGUAACUUGAAGACACACAUGAGGAUACAUGCUGGAGAGAGACCAUACAAGUGUGGGCUGUGUGGUUAUGAAUCUAACCAGAGUUAUAGCUUGAAGACACACAUGAAGAUACAUACAGGAGAGAAACCGUACAAGUGUGAGGUGUGUGGUUAUGAAUGUAACAAUAGUUAUAGCUUGAAGACACACAUGAGGAUACAUACAGGAGAGAAACCGUACAAGUGUGAGGUGUGUGGUUAUGAAUGUAACCAGAGUGGAAACUUGAAGACACACAUGAGGAUACAUAAAGGAGAGAGAGAGUACAAGUGUGAGGUGUGUGGAAAGGCAUUCAACUUCAGUUGUAACUUGAAGACACACAUGAGCAUACAUACAGGAGAGAAAAAGUACAAGUGUGAGGUGUGUGGUUAUGAAUGUAACCAGAGUGGAAGCUUAAAGAUACACAUGACAAUACAUACAGGAGAGAGAGAGUACAAGUGUGAGGUGUGUGGUAAGGCAUUCAACCGGAGUGGUCACUUGAAGACACACAUGAGGAUACAUACAGGAGAGAAACCGUACAAGUGUGAAAUUUGUGUUAAGGCAUUCAACCAGAAAGUUAUCUUGAAGACACACAUGAGGAUACAUACAGGAGAGAGAGAGUACAAGUGUCAGGUGUGUGGUAAGGCCUUCAACCAGAGUUGUCACUUGAAGAAACACAUGAGCAUACAUACAGGAGAGAGAAAGUACAAGUGUGAGGUGUGUGGUUAUGAAUGUAACCAGAGUGGUAACUUGAAGAUACACAUGAGGAUACAUACAGGAGAGAAAAAGUACAAGUGUGAGGUGUGUGGUUAUGAAUGUAACCAUACUAGUAACUUGAAGAAACACAUGAGCAUACAUACAGGAGAGAGAAAGUUCAAGUGUGAGGUGUGUGGUUAUGAAUGUAAGCAGAGUGGUAACUUAAAGAUACACAUGAGGAUACAUACAGGAGAGGGACUGUGCAAAUGUGAGGUGUGUGGUAAUACAUUCAACCAGAGUGGUAACUUGAAGACACACAUGAGGAUACAUAAAGGAGAGAGAGAGAGAGAGAGAGAGCGAGAGAGUACAAGUGUGAGGUGUGUGGAAAUACAUUCAACCAGAGUGGUAACUUGAAGACACACAUGAGGAUACAUACAGGAGAAGGACUGUGCAAAUGUGAGGUGUGUGGUAAUACCUUCAACCAGAUUGGUCACUUGAAGACACACAUGAGAAUACAUAAAGGAGAGAGAGAGAGAGUACAAUUGUGAGGUGUGUGGAAAUACAUUUAACAAGUGUGGUAUCUUGAAGACACACAUGAGGAUACAUACAGGAGAGGGACUGUGCAAAUGUGAGGUGUGUGGAAAUACAUUCAACCAUAGUGGUCACUUGAAGACACACAUGAGGAUACAUACAGGAGAGAGAGUACAAGUGUGAGGUGUGUGGUAAUACAUUCAACCAGAGUGGUCACUUGAAGACACACAUGAGGAUACAUACAGGGGACAGACUGUACAAGUGUGAGGUAUGUGGUAAGGCAUUUAACCAGAGUGGUAACUUAAAAGACACACAUGUGCAUACAUACAGUAGAGAGAAAGUACAAGUGUGAUGUGUGUGGUUAUGCAUGUAACCGUAUUAAAACCUUGAAGACACACAUGAGGAUACAUACAGGAGAGAGAGAGUUCAAAUGUGAGGUGUGUGGUAAGACAUUCAACCAGAGUGGUCACUUGAAGACACACAUGAGCAUACAUACAGGAGAGAGAGAGUACAAG